CGAAGCUCCUUCAAUCUUCAACUCCCGAUUCUCAAAGCAUCUACAUUCGAUCAAUCUCCCCUCCUCCUCCACUCCAUCUCAUCGCUCCUCUGCUUCUCGGAAGGCUUUUGUUCUAGCUUCACGAGUAGGCAAGAUGAUGUCAAGAAACCUUCUGCGCCAAUCCGGCCGCCUUGCCGGUGCUGUCACGGCCUCCGGUAGAAUAGCUUCGACCCGCGUGGUUGCCCCCUUCAACGCGGCCACCAAACAGAUCCGAUCAUACGCCGCCGAUGCCAAAGCCUCCCCCACUGAAGUUUCCUCAAUCCUCGAGCAGAGAAUCCGUGGUGUUCAGGAAGAAGCUGGUCUUGCCGAAACUGGCCGUGUCUUGUCCGUCGGUGACGGUAUCGCCCGUGUCCAUGGUUUGAGCAAUGUCCAAGCCGAAGAGUUGGUUGAGUUCUCUUCUGGUGUCAAGGGAAUGUGCAUGAACUUGGAAGCUGGCCAAGUCGGUGUUGUGCUCUUCGGUUCCGAUCGUUUGGUCAAGGAAGGUGAGACUGUCAAGCGUACUGGCCAGAUUGUCGAUGUCCCCGUCGGCGAGGCCAUGCUUGGUCGUGUCGUUGAUGCUCUCGGUAACCCCAUCGAUGGAAAGGGUCCCAUCAAGACCGAUAAGCGAUCCCGAGCUCAACUUAAGGCCCCUGGUAUCCUUCCCCGACGAUCCGUCAACCAACCUGUACAGACUGGUCUCAAAUCUGUCGACGCCAUGGUACCCAUUGGUCGUGGCCAGCGUGAGUUGAUCAUUGGUGAUCGUCAAACCGGAAAGACUGCCGUCGCUCUUGAUGCUAUGCUCAACCAAAAGAGAUGGAACAGCAGCAACGAUGAGACCAAGAAACUCUACUGCGUCUAUGUUGCCGUUGGACAAAAGCGAUCCACUGUUGCCCAGCUCGUCAAGACCCUUGAGGAGAAUGAUGCUAUGCGUUAUUCCAUCGUCGUUGCUGCCACUGCUUCUGAGGCCGCUCCUCUCCAAUACAUUGCUCCUUUCACCGGCACUGCUUUGGGGGAGCACUUCCGUGACAACGGCAAGCAUGCCUUAAUUAUUUAUGACGAUCUUACGAAACAAGCCGUGGCAUACCGUCAGAUGUCACUCCUAUUGAGACGACCACCUGGUCGUGAGGCCUACCCGGGUGAUGUGUUUUAUCUUCACUCUCGAUUGUUGGAACGUGCUGCCAAGUUGAACGACAAGCAUGGAGGUGGAUCUUUGACGGCUCUACCCGUCAUUGAGACUCAGGGUGGUGAUGUGUCUGCUUAUAUUCCCACCAACGUCAUUUCCAUCACCGAUGGCCAGAUCUUUUUGGAAGCCGAACUUUUCUACAAGGGUGUCCGACCUGCCAUCAACGUCGGUCUUUCCGUCUCUCGUGUCGGCUCCGCUGCUCAGCUCAAGGCCAUGAAGCAGGUCGCUGGUUCCCUGAAACUCUUCUUGGCCCAAUACCGAGAAGUCGCAGCUUUCGCCCAAUUCGGCUCUGAUUUGGAUGCUGCCACUAAGCAAACCUUGAACCGUGGUGAACGUCUGACCGAGCUGCUCAAGCAGAAGCAAUACUCACCUAUGGCUGUCAACGAAAUGGUUCCUCUGAUCUACGCUGGUGUCAACGGUCACUUGGACAGUGUGCCCGUCGCCAAGAUUCUGCAGUGGGAGUCUGAUUUCCUCGCCCACCUCAAGUCUGACCAGCAAGAGCUGUUGGCCAGAAUCGAUAAGGAAGGUCAGCUCAGCAAGGAUCUCGAGGCUCAAUUGAAGGAUGUGGUUGUCUCUUUCACCAAGACCUUCACCUCAUAGACGUGGAGAAGUUCCAAAAAAGAAUCGCUUGUACAAAUCUCCGGCUUGAUUGAAGAUGGACUUCGAAUGCUCCCCUAGCGACAUCUACAGAGCGAUGCUGCCAACAUGUGCAAGAUGGGCCUGCGGAGUAGUUUAGGAAGUGUCGUUGUGUAUUUAGAUACAUCCUCCCAAUCCUCAAUCAAUUUCAUAUGUUACUGAUGUGCAUGUGGUGCUAUCUUGAUGUUGUGGACGCCUAAGUCAAGUAGAGAAGUCGAUGGGAAAGGCUGAAGCCCUAAGCAGUCUGGAGAGAUGGCUGGCAUGGUCCUAUCCCAAUCAUUUCGGGUGAGCAUUAACUCGACCAGCGGAAAAUGUCU